GCUCUGUGUGUCUCUCGCUUUGACUCUGUUUGAUGCUGUUUGAUGAGCGGUAGUGCUAUGACUUGUUGGCUAUGGGUAACCAGCUGAGGAGGCUGGAUCGGUUCCCCAACUUGUGAUGGUGUUAUUUAUCUCUACCUUGGGGGAUAACUAUUCUAUUCUAAUUAUGCCAUAUGGAUGGUGUAAACAACUGUCGACAAGGGAGUUCAAAUACAACAUGGAUCGAACGUGCACUAAAGAGGAGUCCAAAUCGAUACACGUUCCCCAUGAUGGACGUCACCUGUUCUGUCUAUCUCAGUGGCUGAGCAGUCUUACUUUGCGCUCUGUAACGUGAUUGGCUAUCCGGUAAGGCCGCGUCCCGCAGGCUAUACUAAGACAUGGCCCCCGUCGCCCAUUCUGGUGCUCAUUGGCCCUUGUCUCCUGCCCACCACCUCGCUCAGUCCUCAUUGCUUCGAGUCGACACAGCGCAUAUAUCGACCU